AUGCUUACUGUUAGUUAUGACAUAUAUGCUUUUCAAUUAAAAAGACUUACUCAUAUUUUAACUAAUUACCAUGCUCAAACUUGGAAACUUUAUGAUGAACCAAAUAAUACUUUUGCUACACUUACACAAACACUUAAUUUAUGGAGAACCCAAACUAAAGUGAAACGAUGUACUGAAAUACAUUAUGAUAAAGAGUUGCAGUUACCAUUGAUAUGGUUUAAUUUUUAUUCUAUUGAUGGUAAAAGGUUAACUAUUGAUGAGAUUUCUGAAACUGGUGUUAUUCCAUCAUCCAUAAUUCCACAUCUCAAGGAACCAGUAAAUUUUGAAAUUAUAACAAAAAAUAACCCCCAAAAAAAUGAACUUUAUUUUUGUUUUGUACCAACAAAAACAUGUGAAAACCAAGAAGGAAAAGAAUUUUCGUAUUAA